AAUCGCUGAUGAAAUGGCCCCCAUUUUAAUUAAUUUUGUGGCCACGUUGUUCUCCCCACCCAAUUGCAGUUUUGAUUUAAGUGUAGCGUGCUCUGUGACUAAUGUGGUACGGCGAGGCUCUCUCUCCCUCUCUCGUACCAAUCAAGCUAUAUAUAUUCAAUGAAUUCCUCAAUGUCUCUGGAAUUAUUCCUGCACAGCCAUUGUUCUCACACCUAACGUUGAUUCAUGUUUUCUUCCUCUUCUCUUGGAUCUGCAGAUUAUCAAAGUGAAUACUACGGCCCGGGCCCCAACUAUGACUUCUUCCCCCAGGGGCCCCCAUCGUCGCAGGCCCAGACCCCUGUGGAUCUCCCCUUCGUGCCCUCCUCGGGCCCCACGGGCACCCCCCUAGGAGGCAUGGACCACCCCCUGCCGGGCCACCACCCUUCCAGCGAGGUACAGCGCUUCUCCGACAUAAUGUCCCACCACCCGGGGGACUCUCCCAGCCCGGAGCCCGGGAUCCCGGGACCCCUGCACGGCAUCUCCUCCGAGGUGUUUGGCCCGAGUCCGCCCUUUACCUCACUGUCUCUGAACGGCAGCGGAUACAGCAACCACCUGUCCCACCCGCCCUCGGAAAUGAACGAGGGCACCGUGUGGUAGCUCUCUGAGAGAGAGAGGACUCUGGUUGCCGGAGGUUGGGUAUCGGAGGGUGGUGAGGUGGGGGUCUGACUGGGGGGUUGAAGACAGGGGAAAUGGAUAUUGACAGGGUUAGGGCAAAAUGCCAUGAAGUCAUUAUUUUUGUCAGUGUUUUAUUUUCUUUUUUACAAUAUUUAUUUAUUUAUUUUCCCGCU